AUAGAGAGAGAUAAUAGAGACUCAUCUCACUUUGUAUUAUUUGUGUGUGUUUUGUUUUUUUUUCUUAAAACAUUGUUCCACCUUCCUCAUCACCUUCACAAGAAGAAGAAAAACAUUGAGAAGACUAGAGGUUCACAAUGAUGGGCAAUAUCGACCUGAAUCUUCAGGAAACUGAGCUGUGUCUUGGUCUUCCCGGUGGAAUGACCGGAACCAAGAGAGGAUUCUCGGAGACGGUUGAUCUGAAACUCAAUCUGAACAAUGAACCUGAAAGCAAGGAAGUUUCUAAGACUCAUGACGUCGUGAUUUCUGUUUCUAAACAAAAGAAUAAAUGUCCCAAAGAUCCUACCAAGCCCCCUGCCAAGGCACAAGUUGUGGGAUGGCCACCGGUGAGAUCAUACCGGAAGAACGUGAUGGGUUCUUGCCAAAAAUCAAACGAUGUCACGGAGACGGCGGUGUUUGUAAAGGUUUCGAUGGACGGGGCACCUUACUUGAGAAAAGUCGACUUAAAGAUGUAUAAGAGCUACGACGAACUCUCUAAUGCUUUGUCCAACAUGUUCGGUUCUUUUACCAUGGGAAAAAAUGGAGGAGAAGAAGGAAUGAUAGACUUCAUGAAUGAGCGGAAAGUUAGGGAUUUAGUGAACAGUUGGGACUAUGUUCCCUCUUAUGAAGACAAAGACGGCGACUGGAUGCUCGUCGGCGACGUCCCUUGGCCAAUGUUCGUUGAUACAUGCAAGCGUUUACGUCUCAUGAAAGGAUCUGACGCCAUUGGUCUCGCUCCGAGAGCAAUGGAGAAAUGCAAGAGCAGAACUUGAAGUUUAAAACGUAAGUAGCCAUGAUCAUAUAUUUGGUUAACACAGUUAUGAGUGUUAAUUGUGUGUUUUACGAAGAAAAAUAUUGCUCAAUAUCUACUUUUUCUUUCAAUUGUCUGUUUUGAUCUGGAUUAUAUGUGUUAUGUAGAUAAUGAAUUAAAUUUGUGGGACGUUUGUAAUGGAAAAUAUGUAAUAAUUUGAAC